AAUGAACGAGUUAACAAAAUCGUAGGUCAUGCCGGUUGGUAGUGGCAGUACUUAGUGUCAAAAGACAUUAAUGCAAACUUCAGCUAUGAAAUCUUGGAUAUACACUUAGAGAUCUGAAAAACAAUAAUCCCCAUGUGACGCUUAGAAAUAUAUCCGACUUCUUAGAUGGUGUAGAUGCAUAUUUUUAAAUUGUGAACUAAAGGAAAUUCGGGCUGAUUUAUACUUGAACAAUGGAACCCAUUGUAAACGAGGCCAGUUCAACCAGCAGCAAGCCGAAGGAAAAGUCGUACUCAGGCUACGUAAUAACUGGAACUUUAGCAGGAGUUGUAUUUGGUAUUCACCUGAUUGCUGGGCCAUUUAUUACCCCAGCCCUCAGGAGGAUAUGCCUCCCCUUUGUACCCGCCACAGAAGAGCAGGUGGAGAAUGUGUUCCGGGCUCUUAAAGGCAGGAAGGGCAAGUUUGUGGAUCUGGGUAGUGGAGAUGGCAGGCUGGUAAGAGAAGCUGCCAAGAGGAAUUUCACAGCUCAUGGAGUUGAGAUGAAUAUUUGGCUGGUGCUCUACUCAAAGUUUAAGACAUACAGACAAGGUCUGAGUUCAAAAGCCACAUACAGCAGAACAGAUCUAUGGAAGCAUAGCCUCAAACAGUAUGAUAACAUUGUUAUAUUUGGAGUUCAGAAUAUGAUGAAAGAACUUGAGAAGAAGAUCAUCGCAGAAUGUAAAGAAGAUGUACGGGUUGUUGCCUGCAGAUUUCCUCUACCAAACAUCGAACCCGAAGCAGAAAUAGGAAGUGACGUCAAUACAGUGUGGCUCUAUAAAAUACCCAAAACUUGAUAUACACUUAUUUUUAAUCUUAUGAAAAAUUCAAUUAGUUUUGUAUUUUUAUUUUAAAAUGAAGAACCAUGACUUAAAAGUUAAAAUCA